AUUGAAGAAUAUUUUAUUCUGCUUUUCAACGACGACCGUUGACAUGCCGAUCACUCAAUUAUCUUGCUUACAAUCUUCCAAUCAACCACCAUUUCAUUGUUCAGAUCAAUAAAAUUCACAGAAUCAAUUAACAUACGCUGAAAAAAUGUCGGGUAUGAAGAAAAUUAAGCUGGGAUCAGAGGGGCUAGAGGUAUCCGCCAUUGGAUUAGGCUGCAUGGGCAUGUCUGGAGGCUAUGGACCUGCAAAACCUGAACAAGAUAUGAUCACACUCAUCCAUCAUGCCGUUAACUCGGGCGUCACUCACCUCGAUACUUCCGACGUCUACGGACCUCACACCAAUGAAAUUCUCGUCGGCAAGGCAUUGAGGGGGGUGAAAAGAGAGGAUGUUCAACUGGCUACAAAAUUUGGUAUAAAAUUUGGGGAGAGAAUGGGUGAGGUGGAAAUCCAUGGUGAACCGGAGUACGUUAGAGCUUGUUGUGAAGCGAGUUUGAAGCGGCUUGAUGUUGAUUACAUUGAUCUUUACUAUGUUCAUCGCAUCGACACAAAAGUCCCUAUCGAAAUCACAAUGGGAGAGUUGAAGAAGCUUGUUGAAGAAGGUAAAAUAAAAUACAUUGGUUUAUCUGAGGCCGGUCCAGCAACCAUUAGAAGAGCGCAUGCUGUUCAUCCAAUCACAGCCGUACAGCUGGAAUGGUCUUUGUGGACUAGAGAUGCUGAAGAAGAGGUUAUUCCUACUUGCAGAGAAUUAGGAAUUGGAAUCGUACCUUUUGCUCCAUUGGGUAGCGGGUUCUUUGCAUCGGGUCCGAAGGUCAUGGACAAUUUGGCCGAUAAUGAUUUAAGAAAGAUUAUACCAAGGCUGCAAGGCGAGAACUUUGACCACAAUAAACUUGUAUAUGAGCGAGUCAAUGAAAUGGCACAACGAAAGGGGUGCACUCUGUCACAGUUGGCACUAGCUUGGGUCAUGCACCAAGGGGAUGAUGUAGGUCCAAUCCCUGGUACAACCAAGAUCGAAAACCUGAACCAGAAUCUCGGAGCACUUAGUGUCAAGCUUACGGUUCAGGACAUGGCUGAGCUUGAGUCAAUGGCUUCGUUCAAAGGUGCUAGAAUGCCCGAACAAAUUUUGGUGCACAGUUACAAGAACUCGGACACUCCGCCUUUAUCCUCAUGGAAAUUCUGAUCUUUGUGUGUUUUUAGUUCUAUUGUGAGGAAAUUCUGAUCUUUGUGAAGAUGCUUGCUUUUGAGUUUUCUUAGAGUUGAAGAACCCAAAAACACCAACCAAUGAAUUUCGGUUUUCUCAGGUUAAACCAAAACAGAACCGAAUUCAAAUUUAGUCGUUGAUUUGAUUUGGUAUUAAUCAUUUUGAACGUAGUUCGGUUUGAGUGAAAAAUUAGUCAAAACCGAGGAGUUUAAAA